AUGUCCCCAGGGCUGAAAAAUGUUAUUAUUGUCGGGGCCGGCCCUGCUGGGCAGCUGCUAGGGCUGCUUCUGGGUCGGGACGCCAUUCCCGUUACGAUCGUCGAGCAGACAUUGGAGCUCGACGAUAAGCCCAGAGCCACCCAUUACGCUCCACCGGCGAUGAAGGUCCUGAAUCGCGCCGGCCUGGGGAGCGACCUGCGGAAAUACGGGUUUCUUCCCGAUGGAGUUGCAUGGCGCAAGCCAGACGGGACGCGCAUUGCGGGCAUCAGCAACGAGAUUGACGGUGAUGAUCCAGAUCGCAUGGUUGCACUGCCCUUGUGCGACCUGGCGCGGUUGAUCUACGAUCACUCGAAGCAUCUACCAUCCGUCACGUACCUGUUUCAUCAUCGGGUGACAGCAAUCGGUCAGGACGAUUCCCGUGCCUGGGUCGACGUGGAGAACGGGGACACAGGGGACAAGUCACAGCUUUUUGGUGACUUUGUUAUUGGGUGCGACGGGGCUAACAGUAUUGUCCGGCGAUCGUUGUUUGGGAACGAAUUUCCUGGCAAGACAUGGGAUGAGCAGAUUGUGGCCACGAACGUCUACUACGACUUUAGUCGCUUUGGGUACUCAGACUCCAACUUCAUUCUAGACUCAAAGGACUGGUUCAUGGCGGCCAAAAUCACCAAAGAUGGCCUAUGGCGUGUAACGUAUGGUGAAGCUACGGGCUCGACCCCCGAAGAGAUUCUCGGCAGGCAGCCGGAGAGGUUUAGAAGUAUACUACCUGGACACCCUAAACCGGACGAGUACAAGCUCGUCAGUAUCAGCCCAUACAAGGUCCAUCAACGGCUAGCCAAGAGAAUGAUUGCCGGCCGGAUUUUGCUCGCUGCAGAUGCAGCGCACCUCUGCAACCCCUUUGGGGGUCUCGGCCUCACCGGCGGCAUCGUCGACGUCGAAGGCCUCUACGAGUGUUUGUCCGGGAUACAUCGCAAUAAGGCGAGCCGGAGCAUUCUGGAAGUCUACGACCAAGUGCGGCGACAGAAGUAUCAAGACAUUAUUGACCCGAUAUCCAGCGAGAAUUUGCGACGCAUGUUCAGCGUCCACCCCGACGAGGUGCUGGCUUCCGACCCGUUCCUCAAGCUUUGCAAAGAUGCUGAAUCGGAUCAAGAAAAGCUGAAGGAACUGAGCAAGUUUGGCUCACAAAAAGGUUCUCCUGGCAGGGCGCACAAGCACUGGGCUAUGACUUUACGAAGCAUUACACUUCUGGAGAUGGUGGUGUAG